AUGAACCGGCAAACUUACGGCACGAGAGCGGGAGGUGGAGGCAGGUCCUACAGUGCUGCCUCAGCUAUUGUACCAAGUGGUGGCAGGGCUGGCUUCAGUUCGAUGUCUGUGGCACGGUCUGGAGGAGGUGGAGGUGGUUUUGGAAGGCUCAUUGGAGGAGGAGGUGGUGGUGGUGGCGGUUUUGGCAGCAGGAGCCUCUACAACCUUGGUGGUAGCAAGAGGAUAUCCAUUGGUGUUGGAAGCAGCUUCCGAGCUGCUUUUGGGAGUGGAGCUGGUGGUGGAUCUGGCCUAGGAGGUGGUGGUGGUGGUGGUGGUGGUGGUGGUGGUGGACUUGGUGGUGGUGGAGCUUGUGGCAGUCUUGCACUUGGUCUUGGUGGUGGAGGUGGUGGCUAUGGCUUUAGUGGGGGUGCUGGUGGGCUUGGUUUUGGUGGAGGUACUGGUGGGCUUGGUUUUGGUGGUGGACAAGGAGGUGGUGGAGGAUUUGGCUUUGGUGGAGUGGGGGGGAUGGGAGGAUUCGGUGGAGGGCUGGGUGGUGGCAGGAACCCAGCAGGAUUUAGUGGUGGCCCACAUGGCGUUGGUACGAUCCAAGAAGUGACUGUGAACCAGAGUCUCCUGGCACCACUGAACCUGGAGAUAGAUCCAGACAUCCACCAGGUGCGAAAAGACGAGAAGGAGCAAAUCAAGACCCUCAACAACAAGUUUGCUUCUUUCAUUGACAAGGUUCGCUUUCUGGAGCAGCAGAACAAGGUGCUUGAGACCAAAUGGACCCUCCUGCAGGACCAGGGUCAAAAAACCAACUCAGGCAAAAACAACCUGGACCCACUCUUUGAGGCUUACAUCAACAACUUGAAACGGCAGCUGGCCAACCUGCUCAACGAGAGGGGACGCAUGGAUGGGGAACUGAAGAACAUGCAAGACCUCGUGGAGGAUUUCAAGAACAAAUACGAAGAGGAAAUCAACAGACGCACGGCAGCGGAGAAUGAAUUUGUGGUGCUGAAGAAGGAUGUGGAUGCUGCUUACAUGAGUAAGGUAGAGCUGGAGGCCAAGGUGGAUGCCCUGACUGAUGAACUCAGUUUCCUUCGAGCCCUCUAUGAUGCGGAGCUGGCUCAGCUCAGCGCACAAGUGUCUGACACUGCUGUCAUUCUGUCAAUGGACAACAACCGGGACCUGGACCUCAGCAGCAUCAUCGCUGAAGUCAAAGCUCAGUACGAGGAUAUUGCUAACAGGAGUCGGGCUGAGGCGGAGGCGUGGUACCAAACCAAGUUCGAGGAGCUGCAGGCCACAGCGGGGAAGCACGGGGACGACCUGCGCAACACAAAGGGGGAGAUCGCUGAGCUCAACCGACUGAUCCAGAGGAUCCGCUCAGAGAUAGAGAACACGAGGAACCAGUGUGCCACCCUGCAGACAGCCAUCGGAGACUCUGAGGAGCGUGGGGAGCUGGCCCUCAAAGAUGCCAAGGCAAAGAUGAUUGACCUGGAGGAUGCUCUGCAGAAAGCCAAGGCUGACAUGGCCCGGCAGCUGCGCGAGUACCAGGAGCUAAUGAACGUCAAGCUGGCCCUGGACAUCGAGAUCGCGACCUACAGGAAGCUGCUGGAGGGCGAGGAGAGCAGGCUGAGCGGAGAGGGACUCAACCCCAUCAGCUACUCUGUCAUCAGCUCCAGCUCUGGCAUGGCUGGUGGAGCUGGGUUAGGAGGAUUUGGUGGACUGAACCUAAGUGGAGGAGGCGGUGGAAGCGGCUUUGGUCUCGGAGGAGGCGGUGGAAGCGGCUUUGGUCUCGGAGGAGGCGGUGGAAGCGGCUUUGGUCUCGGAGGAGGCGGUGGUGGUGGAGGUUACAGCUUUGGCAGUGGAGGAGGACUUGGACUCGGGGGUGGCGGUGGUGGUCUCGGAGGUGGAUUUGGAGGAGGCAGUGGUCUCGGCAUUGGAAGCAGUCUUAGCUACGGAGGAGGUGGCAGCAGCGGUCUGAGCACCAGUGGAGGGAAUUUCAGCUCUGGAAGUGCAAAAGGCGGCACCAACCCAGGUGUGAAAAUCGUCUCCAAAACCUCCUCCAGCAAAAAGAGCAUAAAAAGCCAAAGCCUGAAGAGUGCUACACAGCCUGAGUAA